CCAACAUAAACCAUCAUCAAGCUCUCGCACAGAUCACUGGCAAGCCUUUGCCCUCACGAUGGCCAAGUCCGAGCUUCCUGAUGACGAACCUUUGCCCAUGGGCCAGUUCUCCAGUCUGCGACCCGCCCUGCCAUUCCGUUCUUGAUCACCCGAAGUUUGGCAGCUGCAUCACAACAACAUUCCUGGUGGUGGGUCUGAACUCUUUACUCGCACGAUGCAGGGACUUUUGCAGGAUCGUCCUCUUAGACCGUCUCCUUUGUGUUCUGGUGUUGGUGUUCAUCGCCUGUCUCCCUCCCUGGUGUCUGCCUCACGACGCGCAGUGCAAGAACUUAUUUUCACGAAACUUGCCAUCGUCGGAUCUCUUUUGUCCUCUUCUUCUACUGGUCCUAUAUUCCGCAGAGAGCAUACCCUCGAUUCUGUGACUGCUGAGUAAAACAUGUUAUGAGAGAUGCUGGAUUUCUGGUGAUCUUCCAACAACUCCUCUCAUGGUUCGACUUUCUCUACAGGGGCGAGCAUCAGAUAUUCUCGAUCCAAAUUCAAGAAGCCACUCUUCGCACAUCUUGACAUGGCGAGACAUCCAUGCCAACACGGGAGAAACUGGUAGAAAUGUCAGUGGUUCGUUGAGCGAUGCGCAAAAUCAAGCCAUUCUGGUUGCCGCGCUGGCAUGCGCAUCCGUCAGCUUGGUCGUGGUCCUGGUUACCUUGCGAUGGUUCCUCAUCAUGCGAAGGAGCUUCCGGCAUCGCCUGGUUUUAUACCUCAUCAUCAGCGACACGUUCAAAGCAGCUUGGUACUUCGUCUUCCCGAUCGUGGUGUUCGCCAAAGGACCAGUCAAUAGCAAUUCGAAUUUCUGCCAGGCCAGCGGAUUCCUGCUUGUGUUCGCCAUCGAGUCUUCCGACAUGGCCAUUCUCAUCAUUGCUCUGCACUCCAUCCUCUACAUUCUCAGGCCGGGUAGCACCUUAGGAGAAGGAGGACUCUAUCGGUACCGACGGUGGACUUACAUCAUGUGGCUUGGUCCCGCACUUUUGGCAGCGUCAUUGGCCUUCUUCAACGACAAGAAUGCCUAUACUACAGCCGGCACAUUCUGCUAUCUUCCCAAACGGCCAUUCUGGUAUCGACUCGCACUGUCAUGGGUGCCCAGAUAUCUAAUCAUAGGUGUAAUUCUGGUCAUGUAUAUUUGGAUCUACAUCUAUGUCCACAUCAAAUUCCGGGGGUUUGAUAACCUCGGUGCAACGAAUUCCUCCUACGACUCUGGGCUCAGACAACAAUCUGGUCAUUCGACCAGGUAUAACGAGAAUGAGAGGAGAGCAAGUGACAGGUCACCGCCGCUACCCUCCCAAGCCUCGAUCGUUCAGACCCAGAAUCUGUUUCCCGGAACGGCUGUGCCACCUGAAGAACGUCAACCCUGGGACGAAGUGAACUUUAUUACCUCAAAGCCACUCCAGAGCAUCGCUGAAACUCAUCAAGAUAGCGAAGGAAGGAAUUUGCGGGCGCGAGGGAGUGAGUGGUCUGGUGAAACCCAGGUUCCUCCGGAUAACACCGUUGAUCCCCCAGCCUCGAUCCCUGAAGUCCGAAACAACUCAACAGGCCCGCGAUCGCUAUCCGCUAUCAAGGACCAGAUCAUGGGAACGUCCGUUGUCUGCCCAGUAACACCGACGACAACUUCCAGUGGGCUCAACGACCCUCUCAAAAGGACCAGAUUGGCGAUACGCAAGCAGCUGCGGUAUUUGUUCAUCUAUCCCCUCGUCUACAUUAUUAUGUGGAGUUUCCCGUUUGCGUCUCACGCCACGAAUUACAGUGACUACUACGUCAAACAUCCUAUCUUCUGGCUCUCUUUGAUGCAGACCAUUAUGCUGAGUCUCCAGGCCGGUGUUGACAGCGUCCUGUUCUCCUGGACAGAAAAGCCAUGGAGGCGAGUCGACCCGAGUUCAAAAUUCUCCAUACCGUUUCUGCGACAGCGAAGCAAGACAUUGCUGCAACGUCGUGGCCCGGGAAACCAGGCUUCGCCUUCCGCAGACGGAGGAGCGAUGCCACAGCCUUCGGCUAGAGAGAACCCAUAUUGGUGGGAAGCCGAAGGCCGUCGACGCAAUGACAGCAUCUGGCUUGGGACCAAUAGACUGUCCGACUUCUUUUCACCCAACAACACUCGAGCGCGGUCAAGGAGCCCAGAUAAAUCUGGAAGAAAUCGGCAUUCGCGGGCGCAAAGUUCUGAGCAGGGCACCAGGUUUGUGCCCAGGCUUCAGACCAUCUUUCCGGGAAGUCGUCACGUUCCAACAAGAUGGACAUUGUCCCCUGUGGCAAUGGAAGGGUUACUGGAGGUGCUCGAGUUGACUUGCAAGGCAGAACGGCGUCUUAAUGAGCAGGAUAGUCCCACUUCAGUCUGAUGGGCCUCAGUAGCAUGGGAAGUAUCAGGCACAGAUCUUGUUGGAAGAAAGCGCAGGUACGACUCUCGAGAACAGCCUAUGGCGUUUUUCGGGGGCGGAAUCCUUUGCGAAGUAACAUGCCGUGAAUAAGCGGCCCUGGUCUUUGGGGCAAGAUAUUAGUCUGGAUGAAUUUGCGUCGCUCUUGGAGUUGAAGAGGCUUCGUGAGUACCGUCAAGGCCUGCAUCAGAGCA